CACUAGUUAUUGUUUGUGUUAUGUCACGGCGGUGGUUGACACCCAAUAUCGUUGGUGUAUCUCUAGGUUUCGCUGUGUAUAAUUAUAUUGACUGCACUAAUGCGAUAAGGUCUAGCCUAAUAGAUAAAUCCACAGUAGGACUGUUUAUUGUGGAAAUCGUAACAUUCUUUGGGUUCGAUGCUUCCCAAUAAUGUACUAAACUAAUUACUGUUGGGAUUGCAGCUCCCUUGCCUUCAACUGCAAAUGCAAUUGAAGAUUUGCUUUAGCCUUUUAAGUUAUGUGAUCAAUAUAAGCGACAAAUGUGCAAGUCAGGGAUUUUGGGCCCCAUGAGAAUAUUUUCACAUCAUUCAUUGGAAUUCACUAUUUGAUGCAAGAUUGAUACCCCCAAUAAGAAAUGUGCUAAAUGCCGUCUGUUACAGUCUAAAUGUAAUUUUAAUGGUACAAGUCUUGACUUGAAUGAAUGAUUUGAACACUUACACAGAUGGAGUAACUCCAGCAUCCAGUACAGACCAUAGGCUGUUUCUGUUUCGUAUAAUGAUCACUAUAUGUGGAAAAAUAAUUAGUGUUUGAAUAGGGUUUGAAUUAGUGUUUGAAAAGGGUUUAAUAAUUGUUAUUCUUUUCAUAAUAAUAAAAUAAAUUCUUACAGACCCCUUGGUUCGCUCCUGGUUUAGGGACAGGAUCGAACCAUCUAAUAUGGGAGGAUGCACAAUACAGUGACUCUCUGGAUGUUUCAUUUUUGCAAAAAAAAAAACAAGAUAAGAAAAUAGGAUAGGUGGAUAGGUUAAAAAAUUAUUGUUGAUUUUUUUAACCUAAUGUCCUGAUAAUGUUUUAGGGCCACUGUCUGUCACAGGCCCUUAGAAUCAUCCUACAGAUUCAUAUUUACAGACUGACAAAAAACAAAACAUUACAAGUGUCUCCCACGUGAACAAACAGCUAUUUUUUUUCCCCUAUUUAAUGUUGUCUUUAAUUACACAAAUGAAAAAUGUUUUUUUCUACUAAGAGCAGUGAAAUGUAUGCUAAAUUGACAACGAAGUGAGGAAACCUCUCCACAAGCAAGUUGCAGCAAUGGAGAAUAGAGUGUGUGCGCAUUCACAAGUAGUGGAUUCUGGUAGGGGGUAGGUUUUCGGUAGAACACCGGAUUCAAAACCCCCCUGUUUGAUGCAGCUAAAUGCACCAAUCAGAGGCACUUAUAUGUUUUUUAUUUGGCCUCUUCUUCAGAAGCUGAAGUGGAUAAAGAGUAAGGAGCAGAGGGAGAAGGGUUUGUACCAGAUGUUGAACUGGCUGGAGGAAAAGAGACCUGACUGCAUACAGCUGUUCUGGCACUGUGUGUUUAAGGACCACCUCCUUCAACAGUACCAUACGCUACACCAGCUCCAAAAAAGCCUUACUGAUGGUCUUUUCUUAGGUUGUACUAAUCAAUUGUACCAUUACUUGUAUUUCUCUGGAAAUUUCUGGUAGCAUUUUGGUUUGUCUUGGAAUGCCAAAGGGAAAUAAGAGUAGUGAGGAAGAGGAGCAGCCCAGCACAUCCACCCAGUCCACACCCAGUCAGAAGAAGGAUGUCCACAAACCUGUCUUCAGUUCUCCUCUCAAGAAGGGGGAGACAGCUGACAUCUGGACUUGGCCCAAAUACAAGACCCAGCUACCAGUUACCUGCGGGGACAAGAAGGCCACACUUUACCGGGACAAGCUGGCCAGAGGGGAGGACUGCUUACAGGCCGGGGAUCAGUGGUUCACCCCAGCUGGUUUUGAGGAGUUUGGGGGGAAGAACAGACGUAAAAACUGGAAGACCAGUAUCCGCUGUGAAGGGACCACUCUGGAAAAACUGAUCCAGGAAGGUUAUUUAACUUCUCCAAUCUUUAAAAUAAGAAAAACUGAACAGUCCAAGAGAGAACUGUUUCCCUCCAACCAAUCAGCUGUCUCAAGCACAGACUCAGAACAUGAGGCGAAUGACAAAGAGGAAGCAGAACAGGAAUGGGAGGAAGUUGUGGGGUGUAUGUUUGAAUCAGAUUCAAUCCCAGAGUCGCCCGAUUUUCCAUUCUAUGAUUCAGCUGAAGAAGAGGAGGCUCAGAAGGAGCAAGAAACAGGCAAUAGAAAGAGGAAAAUGUCAAAGGGAAAUGAGAGGGAUGAGGAAGGUGAGCAGCCCAGCACAUCCACCCAGUCCACGCCGAUUAAGAUGAAGAAAGUCCAGAAGCCUGUCUUCUGUUCUCCUCUCAAGAAGGGGGAGACAGCUGACAUCUGGACUUGGCCCAAAUACAAGACCCAGCUACAAGUUACCUGCGGGGACAAGAAGGCCACACUUUACCGGGACAAGCUGGCCAGAGGGGAGGACUGCUUACAGGCCGGGGAUCAGUGGUUCACCCCAGCUGGUUUUGAGGAGUUUGGGGGGAAGAAGAGCUUUAAAAACUGGAAGACCAGUAUCCGCUGUGAAGGGACCACUCUAAAAAAACUAUUCCAGGAAGGUUAUUUAACUUCUCCAAUCUUUAAAAGAAGAAAACCUGAACAGUCCAAGAGAGAACUGUUUCCCUCCAACCAAUCAGCUGUCUCAAGCACAGAUUCAAUCCCAGGGUCGCCCGAUUUUCCAUUCUAUGAUUCAGCUGAAGAAGAGGAGGCUCAGAAGGAGCAAGAAACAGGCAAUAGAAAGAGGAAAAUGUCAAAGGGAAAUGAGAGGGAUGAGGAAGGUGAGCAGCCCAGCACAUCCACCCAGUCCACGCCGAUUAAGAUGAAGAAAGUCCAGAAGCCUGUCUUCUGUUCUCCUCUCAAGAAGGGGGAGACAGCUGACAUCUGGACGUGGCCCUCCUACAAGACCCAGCUACCAGUUACCUGCGGGGACAAGAAGGCCACACUCUACCGGGACAAGCUGGCCAGAGGUAGGGAGGACUGCAUUUUGGUAGAUGAUCAGUGGUUCACCCCGACUGGCUUUGAGGUGUUUGGGGGGAAGAAGAGCAGUAAGAACUGGAAGACCAGUAUCCGCUGUGAAGGGAUCACUCUGGCAAAACUGAUUCAGGGAGGUCAUUUAAUUUCACCAAGUUUCAAAAGAAGAAAAGUUGGAAAGAUCAAGACAGAACUGUUUCCCUCCAACAAAUCAGCAGUCUCGAGCACAGAUUCAGAAUAUGAGAGUGAUCAGGAAGAGGACGAUGAAGAAGUGGAGGUUGAAAAUGAAAAGGAGGAAGGAGAAAGAGGAGAGCAAUCAACCUCUGCUGGAGGAGGGGCCAGUCCAGGAGGGAGUCAGGUUGUUGGUUUGCGAAAGACUGUCUUCCAAGUCACCUGUGGCGUCCUCAGUGGGAUGCUACACAAGGACCGCUUUGCAUCAGGGACUCGUGGGAAAAGUAUCCGUACAGAGCGGAGCUGGAUGACCCCAAUGGAGUUUUUGAGGGGGGGGUCAGUCAUGGCAGACACCACCUGGAAAAAAGACAUCCUGUGUGAUGGGAAUCCUCUCAGUGUCCUCAUCGAGAAUGAGGUGUUGAUAAUCCACUCUGUCUUGUGCGAGUGCAAUUUGUGCGAUCCCAAUGCCGAAGACUUGCAAGAACAGGUUAACGAUGAUGACUGCUUCAUCUGUAGGCUCCAAGGCAGCUUGAUUUGCUGUGAUGAAUGUCCACGCUCUUUCCAUCAGGGAUGUCACCUACCUAAUGUAGACGAUGCAUUGCUGGGGAAUGAUCGUCCCUGGGAGUGCACGUUCUGUAUACUGAGAAACAGUCGAUCAUGGCGUCAGCCCAGUAAGAAAACUUACCAGGAGGUUCUGAACUACCGAACCUCUGACCGUCUUCUGGAAUGCCAGUACCUCCUGCUGUGUCUGUACCACACAGACGAGGACCAAAUCUUUGUGAAAAAUCCUUGCAUCAAAGUGAGAAACUAUUCCAGCGUGAUAGAGACUCCAAUGUGGCUGGAUGAGGUGGCGGCGAAGCUGCAGAACAGUCAGUACCAGACGGUGAAGGCCUUUGUGGCCGACGUGUUGCUCAUCUUCACCAACUGUGCCGCCUUCAACAGGGAUAAUGCAGAGACUUUGAAGAAUAAUGCAGAGACUUUGAAGGAUAUUGCGAAGACUUUGAUGGAUAAUGCAGAGACGGCUGAAAGAUUGAAGGAUGUAUUUAAAGGAGAGUUCAAGAAAGCGUUCAGCCUCUAACUAAACUAUCCACCUUCAUACAACAUCCAGUAGAGCCUUUGUAAAGGGGUUACUUGUGUUUCAAUUAAAUUUAUAACUAAAAGAAAGAUAAGAUGUUCUCCUAAGUGGGGUAGUGGCAGGUAGAAAUACUGAAAAGGUUCUGAAAAACAUUUUUAACAUCAAAUAUAUUUCAAAUAUUUAAGAUAGUGUAAAAUUGGCAUUACAAGUAAUAUUGUCCUACUGAGAGAGGUUGGAGGUGGAUUAAAAAACUAUUAAAAUUACUUUAAAUUCUUUAAAUUAUCAGAAAAUAUAAAUGUCAGUUUUAGGUGUGAAACUAGGCAUCACUGAAACAUUUUCCUCCUGGGGGUGGGCUGAAUGAAAGAUAAAAUAAGGAUUUGUUAUACACAGUAGAGAAUACUUAAAGGAAUUAGUGGAAAGCUGCUAAUAGCCCUAUAUUGUGCAUCACAUACUAUAUAAUGGACAGAAACAAAUCCCACCCCCCAACAUUUCCCAAUGCCCCUCAAUAAAAGCUGUCUAGAACCGUGUCUGCUAGAGAUGCCAUUGUGUGGAAUAAUAUCGAGCUAGUAGCUAUCAGUACCUAAUAUGCCAAGAAGAUGUUUGAAAUAAAUCUGCCUUGGAGGAGACACCUGCACGUUUAUCAAGGUAUCUGCUGCUAGAAACAUCACCAAAAGACACCACCUUGACUACACAAAAAUAGACGAAUAGACUUAAUUUGGAACGUUCAACAUCGUCACGGGGUGAGGGGUCGACAAGGGAGGAACAGGGAUGAUAGCCUUUUUAGGGGGAUAUGAGGCAGGAGGGUCAUGUUUGGCUUUUCUAUUCAACUUUCAUUUGUUUUCCCGUCAUGUGUCCGUUUCAUUGUUUCAUUGUGAUAAAUGUUAAUAUAUUUUUGUAUGUGAGAUUUUAGGUAAGUUUGGGGUGACAUCUGUGUUUUUGUUAUAUAACCUGCGACUCCUCUCAUUGGAAUGUUGAAUAAACCUUGUGGAACUAUUGUUCAAACACAUUUCCUGUGUUCUGCUUGA